GGUGCUCAGACGGGACUCGUGAGGUGUGCUGGCACUGGGCGGAAGCCUGCGGGGAACUCAAGGACUCGGCGGCCCCAUCUCAACCCCGACGUGGUCUCUCUUUGCCGGCAAGCCGCGCCAUGGUGGACCGGGGCCCGCUCCUCACGUCCGCGAUCAUCUUCUACCUGUCCAUCGGGGCGGCGAUCUUCGAGGUCUUGGAGGAGCCCUAUUGGGAGCGCGCCUCGAAGAACUACAAGCAGAAGAAGACGCAGCUGCUCAAGGAGUUUCCCUGCCUGGGCCAAGAAGGGCUGGACAAGAUCCUCCAGGUGGUAUCAGAAGCUGCUGGACAAGGAGUUUCUAUUGAAGGCAAUGACACAUUCAACUACUGGAACUGGCCUAAUGCUGUCAUCUUUGCUGCUACUGUGAUUACAACAAUUGGGUAUGGAAAUGUUGCACCAAAAACUUCAGCUGGACGGCUUUUCUGUAUAUUUUAUGGACUCUUUGGUGUUCCUCUUUGUUUAACAUGGAUCAGUGCUUUGGGGAAGUUUUUUGGUGGACGUGCCAAAAGGCUGGGACAGUUCUUGACAAAAAGAGGAGUAAGCCUGAGAAAGGCACAAAUUACAUGCACAGCUAUUUUCAUCAUCUGGGGAGUCCUGGUUCACCUAGUCAUUCCUCCUUUUGUUUUUAUGGUAACUGAAGGCUGGGAUUAUAUUGAAGGUCUUUACUUCUCAUUCAUCACCAUUACCACCAUUGGAUUUGGAGACUAUGUUGCAGGUGUGAAUCCAAACAUAAGUUACCAUUCCCUCUACAGAUAUUUUGUAGAGCUAUGGAUCUACCUGGGUCUGGCUUGGCUUUCUCUCUUUGUCAACUGGAAAGUCAGCAUGUUUGUAGAGGUUCAUAAAGCCAUCAAGAAACGAAGGAAAAAAAGGAAGGAGUCUUUUGAAAAUCAUCCUCCUACCAAAAAAUCCCUUCCAGUAUCUAACCCUAAAGAUAUCAACAUUUUCAGCUUCCUUUCCAAGAAGGAAGAAACUUACAAUGAUCUCAUAAAACAGAUUGGAAAGAAGGCACUGAAAUCAAGCAGUGACAAAAUCCUGAAUGCUGAACAAGGCAAGCCAAACCUGCAGCAUUCCAACAAAGACUUCAAAGUCAUGUACACAAAGAACAAAUUGUUUGACUAUGAUGAAAUUUCUUUUGGGCUCCCAAACUAUCAUGUUAUGAGGCAUCUAACUGACAAACGUAGUGGGGAUGGCUCAGUUGAAGGCAAUGUGUUUGUAAAUCAGUUGGACCGGAUAAGUGAGGAAGAAGGAGAAGCAUGGGACUCCAGGGACUGCCGACCUCUGAUCUUUGAAAAUGCCAAUAUAACAUUUGUAAAUGAAGAAGAGGAGGAGGAGGACAUUUCAGAUGAUGAAGAAACUUCCAAGUCAUCUAUGGAUGAUAACAUGACAGAGGAACCAGAGAGUCCACAAAAACUAAUGAAAUUUUCAUCCUCUGAUGAAUCUACCUUUACCAGUAAUGAGUUAGAAGUAUCUGUGCCUUAUGAACAGUUAAUGAAUGAAUACAACACAGUGAAUGCUGCAAAUACGGGAACGUGAGGGGAUACAUUUUGCUAAUGGUUCCUAUAAAAUCAUUUAAUGAUUUUGAGAAAAUGUUUGAACAGAUGAGCACAACAACGGCGCAUCACAAAAGACAUUUUCCACCAGUGCCUUCCAUAUGGAAACUGAAGACAUUCAUUGCCUGGAUGAUAUCAGUAAAUGUCUUUUUUUAAAAAAAAAAAAUCAGUUUUGCUUACUCACUGUGAAGGAACAAUUCUGAAAAUCUGAGGGUUACUUUAGGGAGUUGGUGGUUCUUGGAAUUGGGAAGAAAAGACUCGAAUUCUUGGGCCUGUUCAGUAUUUGUUCCUUUUCUUAGGAAAGAGUGAUUCAAAGAUGGCAGUCAUUUUGGAUUGAGUUGAUUACAUAACAUGGUUGGUUGCUGCACUAAUUCUUCAUACCUGAAAAACCGGUUUCAAAUCAAGCCUAGGUGCAGAAGAGAAAGUGUUGCUAGAGUUAACUUGAUUGGUUUGGGAUGGAAGAAUUAAGUGUCCUGAAGAUCAAAGUUGAGAUAUGUUGUCUAGGGAACUUGAACAGUAUCUACUCAAGUUGUUUUAACCCCAAUGUUAUUGUGAGUGGAAGUAUCAUGAACAAAAACUUGCAGUACAGGGAUGAUGCUAUGGAGGCAUUGCACUUGUGACUUAUCCCUCCUGGUGAUUGUGAAAAGCACAUCUAAGAUUCUGUAACAUAGAAGGGUGCAAAAUGGUUUUUAGAAGACUGGUUUAAAAAUGAAGAAAACACACUAACAAAACUUGAGUUUUGUGUCGUAAGUGCUCUUCCACUGUCCAUGUUCUAGAGGAAAUACUUGAAUAAAUUUCAUGCACAGUUGUCUCUAAAUGAAGUGAUGUUCUUUUUAAAUGACACUGUAAUUUAAAAUAGCAAAACAGCAUGACUAUCUUAAUUUCCAUCUAAAGGAUCUUAGAGCUGCUUUGUUCUUUGUUAUAGUCAGUGGCUCUGCUUCUAGAAAAGUUUGCCAUUUGCCACUCCUGUUGGUACUUUGAAUAAGUAAUAUUUGUUAUGGCACAAAUAUUUUCAUGUAGGCAUUUUAACUGGUUUUUCUAAUGUUGGUAUUUUAACUGUUUUCUAAAUAAACUGAGAACUUCAGCUUGUUUUGCUGAACUGCCACAUAGACAUGAAGGCAAAGGUAUGAGAGCUACAUCAGAAUACAGCCAUGAUGGCAAGGGGCUUCAGCAGUUACUUAGAGUUGCACUGGCAAAAAGACCAAUUGACUUUGUGGUUGCUUUUUUCCUAAAAAGAAAUUACCUGUGCCUUUAAAGCUAUUGUAGCAGAAUUGUGAAAAGCAAGGUGUUAAGAGUAUUAAGUUUAACAAUUGUUUGGGGAUCCAGUUGUAAGUCACUCCAAUGUUCAUUUUUAAUUGUAUGUUGUUCUUUCUGUUGUUUCAGUCCAGAAUUGAAAGACCCUAUAAGUCGGUGGUUCUCAACCUGUGGGUCCCCAGAUGUUUUGGCCUUCAACUCCCAGAAAUCCUAACAGCUGGUAAACUGGCUGGGAUUUCUGGGAGUUAUAGGCCAAAAUGCCUGGGGACCCAUAGGUUGAGAUCCACUGCUAUAAGUGCUAAAAGCCUUGGAAAUGGGGUGAUUUCUGAAUCUAACAUUGUAUAAAAGGCUAUGUGGAAUUUUGCAAUACUAAUCUUGAAUGAUUAGGGAAAUACAGAACUGUUUGUAUUAAUGAGUGAUGGAAGUAAUGAGUGAUUGAAGUGAUAGUACACUGUUCCCAUCAUUAAAAUAGCUGUAAAAAUCUAUACACUCCUCUUAGAAACUCUUCUUGGAAGAAUACAGUAGCUUGAAGACAUUUAUUACAAAAGGUGGUCUCCAUUCAUUUCUACAGGAAAUUUGCACUGUAUGUGCCCAUAAGGUUACAAUGAAAUCCAAUUAAAAAGGAAGUCAAACAGUUCUGUUGUAGCUUUCUAGAUGUGAAGUUAUUCCACUGGAUUUCCCACUAUUAGCAUGUAAUUAUGUGGUAUGAUUUUAGCCAUGGCCAAGUUCUAGUCCUAAGGGUGCCUUGUUCUUGGUGCCUGUUAUAUAUAUAUAAAGAGCAAAACUAGUUCUUGACUCAUUUUUUCCUUCUGUAAGACAACUUUUGACAUCAAAAUUGACAUUGUAUAAUUUGAACUCAAAAUUGAUAUCUUGCUGUCACGUCAGUUACAACUAUAACUAAAAAGCAACUGUUAUGCUACAGCUGAAAGAUAUAUUUCAUGGCAGAUGGACCAACUGGGAACAGAGCAGAGUCUUGUUUUUGUUGCAAAAACAAACAUGGCUUUUGUUAACAUCAUUCUAUAAAGCUGGCAUUCCAUUGUAGUGUGUCUUCCAUGAAUGAAUGGUUUAAAACAUUUCUAUCUGCACUAAAAAUGAAGUACAGAAUGGUGUACAUAAUGAAUGUUUAAUUCCUUGAAUGUUUCAAACACAAUACAGAACAGAAAGAGUGUAUGUGUGAUUAUUAUUUUACAAUGUUGCUUCUUUUCGAUGUGAUUGUUACAUUGUAUGGUCCAUGUGAAGAACUGCAAAGGGAAGCAGGCAAAAAGUGAUUCAAGCUUGAAGUUGAGGCCCUUUCCUACUAAAGACUCUCUUUUGCAUUUACGUAUGAGGGUAGUUGAUAUGGCAAUUCAGUUUGGUGCUAUUUUUUACACAUCAGACUUCGGGUGUAUCUUCCUACGUAUCAGAAACUUAAACAUUUCUAAAGGUUAACUAAGGCCAAAUUUGAUAUAUGUAAGCACAACCCAUGAAGUUGUUUGGCUUCAUUGUUUUACCCUGUCCUUUGAAAAAACUCCAAGUCAUAUCAGUAAAGAUGUGCUACAAGCAUUGGAUCACUGAUCACCUUAAUUUUGAAUUAGUUAUAUUACGUGACUGUAAAUGGCUGAAAUAUCAGUUGUAUUUUUAAUUAAAAGUGGCCUGCUCACUUCAUUAAAAAGGAGACACAAUAUGGGUUUAUCAGAGAACUGAUCUGCCUUAGCACUAUGCUGAUCAGAAAUAAUGUCUUCCUUGUCUUAAGGGGAGACUCAGUCUUUAGUCUAAGUCAACUUCUGGCCUUUAGAUAGGAUAUCACAAUCCUUAAUUCCUGGAGAGGACUAUUUGAAGUGAUUUAACUGAUUUGAUUUCACAUUUGUCUUUUGAAAGAUAUGCACAAUGUGAAACAAUUGAAAUGUAAAGUUUUUUUACCAGUUUGGUUUUGGAUUAAAAGGUUAGGAUUUAAUGGAGUAACCAUAUCUUGUCUGUGUUUGUGUGUAUAAUUUAGGUACUUACAGAAGGGAUUUAAACUUUAAAAUGAUGGCUGCUACCUUUCAAAAAUACCAGACUUUCCAUCAGUCUCAACUAAGAUGUAGACUAAGAAACCCAAGCAGUGCUGCUUUCCCUCUCCCUGCCCACCCCCCCAACCUCCCAUCCAUCAGCCCAACUACUAUUAGUUAAAUCAGAGCAACCUAGUAUCCUGUAAAUAGGGGAGGAUAUAGCUCCAAAUAUGGACCCAAAGAUUCAAGUAGCUUCCUUUCUGUUAUUCAACAGAGUAUGUAAUUUUCCCAUGAUUGGAUUUAGCCAAACACGAGACCACUCCAGGAGCUGAGAUUGUCUAUUUAACAGUCUCACAGUAACAUGUUGAACUGGUAGAGGUUUGAUCUCUAAAACAUAGAAAUAUCUCACUAUCCACAUGUUAUCUUGCUGCCAGGUUUCCAUUUAUAUUCGGUACAAAACUGAGCCAGAGACAAUGCAGUUCUGUUAUAAGUUGAUGUAAAUGCAGCAUAUCAUUCCAGCUUUUCUUUUAAAGCCGGCCACUAAGAGCCAUGAAUACAAUACAGCAGUCUGAAUCUAUUAAACAACAUUUUGAAAAGUCUUUUUUCACUGUAAAGGCAUGAUCAACUCCAUUGCUUUGCUGAUGGUGGGUGUACCAAAACAUAAGAUCAAAACAUCACAUACUGGUGUCUUGCUAUUCUGAAUGUGGCCUGAGUCAUCCAUAUAAUUUAGUGCAAUGGUACAGGCAAAAAUACUCUUAGCAUCUUUUGUGAAAAUGAAAGCACAACAGCUAUAGCUGCCUGGUCUUAAAAGUUAUGUAACAGUUUGCCCUGUUUUCAUGCCCUCUAAGCUGCACUAAAUUUUUAGAAGAGGGGCCUUAUUGUUCACAUGUUCCUUGAAGUAUGUAGAGUCCCUACAAUCUUGCCUUUGUCACUCCAUCACAUGAACAAAUAUGUUUUGUUUUGAUCUGUUCUUUU